CUUGAAGGAUGGCCUCAGAUCUAGAACAGUUAUGCUCUUACGUUAAUGAGAAGAUUGACAAUAUUAAGAAAAUUCUCACGAUAAGAAAUCUUGGACAAGUUCCUGCCAAGCACCUUCCCUUGAAGACCACCUUAAGUAAAAUAGAAGAUGAGAUCAUUACAGUAAAUGAAUUUCUAAAUAAUCUUGAGUUGGAAAUUCAGUAUCAAGAACAAACCAACAAGUCACUUAAGGAGCUCUGUGUAUCUCUUGAAGAGGAUUUGAAAGAUGUAGAGCAUCUCAAAGAACACAUUCCGUCCCAUUUGCCGCAAGUGACAGUCACCCAGAGCUUGAUUGACAAAUCCGAUCUGGAUCCUAAAGAGCCAGUCAAAUCUAAGGAACCUGUCCUGGCAAAGAAGCCUCCCAGAGAGCAGAGAAUUAUAAAGGAAAUGCAGUUUAUAACCACUGAUGAAUUCAAUGGUGUUCCUUCGUACAUGAAAUCCCGUUUAACAUAUUGUCAAAUUAAUGAUGUUAUUAAGGAAAUUAAUAAGGCAGUGGUUAGUAAAUACAAGAUUAUAUAUCAACCAAAAGCAUCUUUGAGUUCUGUGAAGAGAAAUCACUACCAAAGGUUUAUUAAUGAAGAAACAAAGGACACGAAAGGUCAUUAUUUCAUUGUGGAAGCUGACUUAAAGGACUUUACGAACUUGAAAAUUGACAAGAGGUUAUAUGUGAUCUUGAACAUCUUGCGGCAUUGCCAAAGGCUGUCAGAGGUUCGGGGAGGACUUACCCGAUAUGUCCUAAUCUGAGACUUUUGCAGGCUUGGGACUGUCUGGCAAUAGGGUAUAGAGCAUAGUCUUGAAAUUUCAUACGUAAUGUUAUUAGCUACUGCAUUUCCUGGUCUUGUUUUUUUAACACUUAUGUAUUUUCAAAACAUACUGUCUUUAGGAAUGUGGAUAAGGCUGGGACUCACAGUAAACACAAAAGCCAAAGUCAGAAUGAUAAAUCUGAUCUCAUGUGGAACCCAAACUGAAAUUAUAUAGUGCAUGAGUGCAGAUCAUGAGACCAGAAAGUAAGGGGAAGGGAGAAACGGAUGAUAAUGGCAUGAUGUGAGGACUAUCUGGGAACUAGCCAAUGGGCUUGGGGUAGAAGCACAGGGAAGGGCACGGCAUGGGUUAGAAUAAAGUAUAAUGACACAUGAUGUAUGAAAAUGUAAUAAUAGGACUCAUUUCUUUGUUAUCUCAAAAGUUAAUUUUAAAAUUUGAUACUUUUUAGCAGAUACUCAACACUACCAAAUCUAGCCUGUGUAUGAGGUGUGCAGUGAAAAGCACAACUAGUUCUGUUAAGUGGACAAUACUGCAGAUACUAUGGGCAUAGACUUGAUGUAGGGGAAAAUGAGGAUACCCAAGCCCUCUGGGUUGUAAAGUCUGAUUACUGAUUUUCCCUGUGCCUUUAGGGAACAGCUUGCCUAAAUUCAGUAUAAGCCAGCCUGACUGCUUCAACCUGUAAUGAAGUAUAUUGAGGGAUUGUGAUAUUGUCAUACAAUAAAUAUAUUACAUGUUCACUUUCA